GCUGAUUAUAUAAGAGGUAGAAAAAUGUUAUGUGGUUCCCCUUGGCAUUUGUGCGAUCAUGUUUUCUUUAUCAUCCAUAUGGAGACUGAAUCACAUUGGAUUCUUGGUCGAUUGAAUAUUGAGGAAAGGCGUGUGUACAUGUACAACUCCUUGUCGACUGCUAUGAAAGAUAGUGCUGCUAUCAAAGCUUGUCAGCCAUUUGCGGUGUUGUUGCCCCACUUUUUUGCUUUGUUUGAUGAGUUCAAAAAGGAAAACAAACCGGUUUGUUUAGACCCUUUCGAAGUUGUUAAGGUUGAUGGUUUGCCUCAACAAACCUCGAAUGACUGUGGUUGUUUCGUUGCAUCGUUCGCCGAAUACUUUAUUGAUAUGAAACCGAUUCCUCCCAUAUUUGAUGUUGAGAAACACCGUGAUAGGCUUGCUGUGUUGUUCUAUAAGUAUGCUCGCAUGAAAGAAGUGGAAUUUAUUGAUAGUGAAGAUGAGGCUCCUCCGAAGGGUCCAAAGAAGAAUUUGUCUUAGUUAUCUAUUGGUUGUUGUUGGAAAUACUACUUUUUUUUAUGUAGCUUUUGUUUUUCUAUUACCAGAUUAUGUUCAUAAUCAUAGACAAGUUGUUGUUUCUGUCAUGUUUUUUUCUUAAUUGGAAUUGGUUUUUAAUUUGUUCAUAUUUUUGGAUUUUUAAUCUUUAUAUUUACUCUUAGUCAUGACAGCAUACUAUUAACAACCUUAUUACAACCAUCUGACAAACAACUAAAUUGCAUUUGUAAUCACUUUAUGUAGUUUAUUUUUCCUUCUUAUUAAUUUCAACCUUCUUCCACUCAUUUAAUUAUUUAACUAUAAUAUUUGAUGUUCUUUUGUAUAUUAAUGAUAAUAAUACCAAUUCCCUAUUAUCAAUAUCUCUCCACAUAAAAAAUCACAAUAAAAAAAUGUAUGUAACAACCAAUCGUAAUAUGCAGUAUGUGUUUUCUAAAUGUUUUAAUAUAGUUGUUUUUUGGUUGAUGUGUAGUUGUUUCCACUUCUAUGCUGUAAUUCUUCUGCAGGUCUUUUUGUUAUGUCCCUUUUGUCCACACUUGCCACACUUGUUUUGUUUCUUUGUUUCCCAAGCUGCUGCCAUUCUUCUUUUCCUCGGCCUUCCAGACUUGAUUCUCUCCUUUGGAGGCAACACUAUGAUUUCUUCAAAAAAAUCUGGAAGUUCCCAUUCUCUUACGUUUCCAACUAGGUAUACUGUUUCUUC